UAGCCCACGCGGCGAUUGGCUCGCAGUUUCCUCCCUCUCCCUGGUACCGAAAUAGAACAGCCCGACACGUCCUCCUCCCUCUGGCCCGCCCACCGCGUACGGCCACCCGGAUGUAGCGCUCACUUCUCUUCCGGGGCGGCCUCGGCCUUCGCAGCAGUCCGGCGUUUUCUCCAUCCUCACGGAGUAUUCUCUUCGUUCCUUCUGUCCGUCACCGGAAGCGGGGGCCGCGCGUGCGCAUUGCGGUCCUGCUGUUGGUUCCUGUUGCAUAGCCUGGUUGGGUCCCCUCCUGACAGGGAGCCAGUUCCAAAUGCCCUGCAAUGGAUGAUGACAGUCAGGAUGAGCUGAUAAAUAAGAAUGCUGCAGUAGGCAAAGUUAAAAGAACAAAUGCCAUGCUCUUCAGUGAUGCAGAGAGCACCGAUGGCAGUAGUGCAGAUUCAGAUGACACAGGCAGCGGGGAAGAGGAUGAUAUUGAUGAAGAUGGAGGUGAAGAGGAUGAAGAAGGUGAAGAUGAAGAUCUAGAAGAUUCUGAGGAGGAGGAGGAGGAGGAGGAAGAUGAUGAUGAGGAAGACGAGAAUGAAAUGGCUAAUGAACAACCAUCUUACUCAGCUAAAGCAAAACCACAAUUUAAUGGAGGAGUUGCAUCCUCUUCAGAUGAAGAUGCUGAAAACUGCCCAAUAUGCCUCAAUACAUUUAGGGAUCAAGCAGUUGGAACACCUGAGAAUUGUGCCCAUUACUUCUGCUUGGAUUGUAUAGUCGAGUGGUCUAAAAAUGCCAACUCUUGUCCAGUGGAUCGAAUUAUUUUCAAGUCUAUCUGUGUUAGAGUACGCUUUGGUGGAGAAAUCUUGAAGAAAAUUCCAGUUCAGAAUACAAAGUCUCAGGAAGAUGAGGUGGAAGAUGAUCCAACCUUUUGUGAAGUAUGUGGCCGAAGUGACAGAGAGGAUCGCCUGUUGCUUUGUGAUGGUUGUGAUGCUGGAUACCACAUGGAAUGCCUUAAUCCACCGCUGAGUGAGAUACCUGUGGAUGAGUGGUUCUGCCCACCAUGUGCACCUACAAAUGCUACGCCUGUUGAUGCUGAAACAGACCGUGUGAGUGAAGAAGAGGUCGCUUCCCUUAUAGCUGAUGUAACUCCCACUACCAGUCGACUGCGUCCUAAUGUCCGAACACGAGCUAUAGCUAGAACACGGCAGAGUGAGCGUGUGCGCGCAACAGUGAACAGAAAUCGGAUAACCACUGCACAGCGAAUUCAGCAUGUACCAAGGUACCUUAUGUCUUCUCUUCUUGAUGAAACAAUUGAGGCAGUUGCCGCAGGACUAAGCACAGCGGUUUACCAGAGACCAUUGAUUCCUCGGUCCACAACCAAGAAGAAAGGGAAAAGAGGGAGAAGAAAGAGAACAGCUGGUAAAAAAAUUCACGCAAAAUCAUCUGCUGGAAAAAAGAGUGGCGGAACAUGGAUUAAACGGCGCAAACGUCGAAAGCACAGAAGAGUGAACAAAGCAAAGGUGAAAACUGAAGUGACUGCUCGCUCCCGAAUUGCAAAAACCCUUCGCCUUGGAAAACCUGUGCGUGGCACUUCAAUCCCUUCUGUGUACAAACCAGUAGAACCCUCACUUGGCUUGAUGAGAGCAGAUAUUGGAGCAGCCUCCCUAUCAGUCUUUGGGGAUCCUUUCGAGUUGGAUCCGUAUAACAGUAAUGAUGAGCUUCCUGUUGCAAACUCACCAUUGAGCACCAAAAGAAGAGGUCUUUCUCAGUCUGCACUUAGAUCUCAUCGCCCUGUUGCUCGGCCAGUUGCUGUGGGCAUUCCUGGGAGAAGUGUGCCUGCCUUCUCACCUGAGCCAGAAGUGGAAGCCGCCCCAGUGCCAGACCUGUUGGGUAGCAUCCUGACUGGACAGAGCCUCCUGAUGAUGAGUGGGUCUGAUGUUGUCAUUAAUAGAGAUGGAUCAUUAACUGCAAAGAGAACAAUUCCACCACGGCAAGGCAGUUCAAAUGUUGAGGAAUGCUUGGGAGACACUGCCCAGCUUGGGAUGUCACAUUUGGUGAACCCAGUUAGUAGUUCUGAUACUGAAUCUUCAAAAUUGAAACCCUCCACCUCUCAUACUUGCAUCUCAUCACCAUCAUCACUAAGUGUAACGAACAGAGAUGUGAGUCCUUUGAGUCAAACAACAUCUGGAAGGACACCCAUUCGAUUUGAAUACUCGAUGACUCCAAGGUCUGUUCAGACCCAGAAUUUAGCCAGUCUAAACAGAUGUGGCCCCAAGUUGGGUGAAGUGUCUAGAUUUAAUGGAGGUUCUAAGUUAUCAGGUGCACCUCUUCUUGCAUCUUUUAAACCAUUGAACAGCAGCUCCUCUUCAACCUCAAAAGCAAUGUCUGUCAAAGAACCUCUGAAGUCUUCCCCUAAAAGACUUGAGAUAUCUGAACUUCCCAGAAUACCAAAGAUUAAGAAGGAAACCACAAAUGGCCAUCUUGGAUCACAGCCUGCCAGUGAUCGAAGUGGUGACAUCCCCAGCGCCUGUAUAACACAAUUGACUGGUAAGGGAAAUGCAAACCAGCCAAUCAGAAGUAGUAAAAUGGAAAGUGGCAUAUCAAGUGCCAGUCAUCAACAAGGACAGACGAGUGGAGGCUCUGCUUCGACUGUUGCCCGUGAUGGUGGUUCCACACUUCCUCCAGCAAGGGGAAAAGUUGGCAGCUCCUCCUUUCAGAGUUUUAAAAUCAACAUCCCUGGAAAUAUUGGACAUUCCAGCAGACUGUCUAAUCCUGGGUUUUGCAAUACUUUCCGACCUGUUGACAAUAAGGUGCAACAGAAAGAGAAUCCUUCACCCCUGUUUUCACUAAAGAAAACAAAACCAAUUAAAAGUGAAAUAUAUGAUCCUUUUGAUCCAACAGGCUCCGAUUCAAGUUCAACAAACAGCAGUCCUGAAAGGUUGCCCUUCGCUAAUAUCACCAGAACAAUAUCUAUAGCAAGUCCCAAAGCUCAGACAUUCCAAACGGUGCGCCGCAUCACACCUUACAACCUGGAAAAUAUCUUUGGAUUGGAGGCUGAAUCAACUGAUGUGCCAUCAGCUACCACUGAGUCCUGUGAUGAUGUGAUGCUAAAGGAGAGGCUUGUGGAACAGGUUCCUGAUGCAGUGCAAGUAAAACAUGAGGAAGAAGAAUUGCCAGUUAUACCCUGUACUUCAUCUGCCAUCAAACAAGAGCAUAUACUUGAAAGCAACAAAAAUCCUGGGCUUGUUAUUGAUAAUGACCAAGAUAAACUUAAGGUAAAAAUUGAGCCAGACAGCCCCAUAAGAGAAAAUGAGCCACAAAACAUUAUUAGAAAUGAGCAAGCAGAAAGGUGGUCAUUUUCAAGAUCCCCAUCAAAUUCCAGUUCUGAGAGUAAGAAAAAAAUUAAAAGAAAAAAAGUACCCAUGAAAGACCACAAAAGCACUCAUCCAAGAUCUAGAUCGAGAACACAUUCAAGGGAUAAAAGCUCCAGAUCUACUUCACCAUCAGUUGAAGAAAAAUACAGCAAAAGCUCUUGGGUUAAAUCCAAAGCCCGGCAGCCACCAAGAGAUCGCUCUAGUAGUCAUGAGCGAUCAAGAAAAAAGAAAGCAAAAGACAAAACUAAAGACAAAAAAGCCAAAAGUUCCUGGCCAAAAGAACACAAGAGAGCUAGAUCACGAUCUGUUAGCCCUGGCAAUUCCUCUUUUGAGUUAUAUGAGAACAGGAAAAAGAAAAAGCACUCUGACCCUGGAGUCAGGGGGCGAGAAUAUUCCCAUUCGAACAAUGCCGAGAGAACUAAAAAAAAGAAACACAGAAGAGAGAGAAGCUAUGACAGAUUGGAGAAGGAUGGGAGCUCAAGAUCACGAGAGAGAAAAAGAUCGAGAUCCAGGUCUCAGGAGAAGAGAAAAAGGAAAUCAAGGUCACCCUCAUCACGAUCCCAGGAGUCCAAAGGAAGUAAACCCAGGGAGAGACAAUUACCAUCCAGAUCACGCUCCAAAGAAAGGAAACACAAAUCAAAAGAGGUAUCACCUCAGCUUCUUAAAGAGGAGGGCCAGAGGUCUUCAGAUGACAACUUAGACUGUUCUCUUGAGCAUGCUCCAAAUUGGAGUCAUGAGUUAGGAUGUAUGUCACCAGAAACAUUGAAUGUUCCUUCAGACCUGAUCCCUGAGCAGGAAGUUCCUCCAGAGGAUGACAUAAUGGAGGCUGAUUUAAAAGGGGGCAUUAAAACAGAGCAAGUCUGUGAGGAGCUUGAGCAUGAAACUCUUCCUGCCCAGCAAGACCAUUCAAGUUCUGAAGUAUUUCUUGACAACCUAGAUUCUCCUACUGGAAUUGAAUUGGCAGUGGGCUAUGAAUCACCAAGGUCUGAUAGCCAAAUCACUGUGAAAAUGGAGGAGAUUGAAAUUAAAAUAGAAGACGAUGAUGUGUGCCCAUUUUUUUCAGACUCUGUUCUUCUAAAGAAGGGGAAGCCUGUAUCAGGUCAUGAUGAGGUUACACCAUUUCCAACUUUGUCUGAAAUCAAAAGACCAACAGAGGUUAAAUGUGAGCUACCUAUGUUGGAUGAGAAUAUAGGUGAUGCAAAUAAAUCUGAAUUGGAGGCUGCAGUUCAAGGUCCUUUGUUGAAAUCUAAAGCACCAGUGAAAAGGGUUACCUGGAAUCUACAAGAGGAAGAAAGCAAUAUAGCGGCUGCAGACAAAACACCAAGAAUGGCAUUUUGUAAACAGCAAAGAACAAAUGAAGGGGUCUGGAAAGCAGAGGAUUUGACUCAAACAUUAAAUCAGGUGCAGUUAACUGAGCCUCUUCCAACUAAUUAUAUGGUUCCUGAGCCUAUGUUUCCUGACCUAGAUUCCAAUCAGGUGUACAACCAAAAUCUGCCUUUGAUGGCCCCGCUGCCUUCCAACCUGCCCCCUUAUGCCCCUGUCAGUCAGCCCACUGUCCAGUUCAUCAUGCAGGGAAGCCUCCCUCUGCUCAGCUGCGUGGCAAGCCAGGGACUGACUCCGGAGCCUGGGAAUCUGGCCACCGCCUCAGAACCAGGGAUUCAGGCCGCUUCCACAGGAGAGGCAGAGGAGACAGUGAAAACACCUAAAUCUCCAGUGGAUAAAACAAAAAAUGAAGAGUACAUGAAGAAACUUCACAUGCAAGAGAGGGCUGUGGAAGAAGUGAAACUUGCCAUUAAGCCCUUCUACCAGAAGAGGGAGAUUACCAAGGAGGAAUACAAGGAGAUUCUUCGCAAGGCAGUGCAAAAGAUCUGUCAUAGCAAAAGUGGUGAAAUCAACCCAGUGAAGGUGGCUAAUCUUGUGAAAGCUUAUGUUGAGAAAUACAAACAUAUGAGGAAGCAUAAAAAGACUGAUGCUGAAGAAGAGCCUCGUGAAACGGGGAAUUGAGACGAACAGACUUUUAUAUGCAAGGACUUGUCCUUCUUCGAGAGGGAGGCAGGGAAGUGCAGUUGCAUGUUGCAGCCCCCUCCCUCAGAAACUGGAUGCAAUUGGACCUUCUUGAAGGGAAGACACCCUUUUCACAGAAGAGUAGGAUGUGAUCCUACUUAAGGACCAUGUGUCCUCCUUAACUUGUGGAGAGACUCUGGACGAAAGAUACUCUGGGUGUGGUGGAAAGUAUCCUAUCAUUUUUCAUGGUUAUACUUUGACACAUUUCUUUUGGGGUAUAUGGAUCUGUCCUAACAAUUUAAAGCAGACACUUUUAUAUGCAGUACACAACAAUCUAUGUUGCUCUCCUUGUGUUUUUAUUUAUCAGAAAUUUAUCAGAAAUAUGGAUUCUUUAGAGAUUUCUCAGAAGCCCGUUUACUACUUGAAUUGUGGUAUUUUUCAGCCUGUUCUGUGAGAGCAAUGUUGACUCAAGUCUGCCAUAUGGGAAUUACAGAUGUGUGCUAACCUUUACAAAUCCUCUUCUGAAAUUCUGCUUCAAAGUUGACACAUUUUGUUAAGGUAUAUCAGUGGUUGAUUUCUUUGGGGACUUGUGGGGGCAUGGUGGUGGGGGAACCAAACUGCAUUGCGUCCUGUAAAUAGUAUGGUGAAGGCUGGUUUUGCAGUCAGCAGUCAGCUGAGGGGAUAGAAGAAGAACAAAGUUGCAGAGUGUCAAUAGUGAAGCCAAGGAAUGUGGCAGAAGUAUGUACAAAGCAGAAAUGUGACAAUUUAUAAAGUUAUUUUGAAUUUUUCUUGUUCA